AUGUCCAAAGGUAGCGGAAAAGGCUCUGUAGAUUGUCCUACGGGAGACAAGAACGGUUCUGAGGGGGCAAGUUGUGGCAUAUGUCGCCGCGUUGAUACAAGUCGAAUGGUACAAUGCGACGUUUGCGAUACUUGGUUUCACUAUGAGUGCGUUGAUGAAGAUGACAGUAUCGAGAAUCGAGAUUGGAGCUGUAAUAAAUGCCUGCGGAAAGAGUUGGAGAAGGAACGAGAAGUAUUGAUGGGAGAACGUGAAGAGUUUCGGAAGCAGCAGAAGCAGUGGCAAAAAAGUCUACCUCAACAGAAGCAGUCUGAACAACCUGGACAGCGGCAAUCCGAGAUGCAGCGACCAAAGCCGGGAAAGUUUGAGAAGCUUCAACUGCAGUGGCCGCAUACGCAGCUGCAUGGUACACCGUUAGAAACAACUCCAAUACAUACACAACGACGAAUUCCUCCAGUAGAUAUGAUGAUUCAGGGUACAAGCAGCGAGCAGCAUAUAACCAAGUUUACUCAAGAACCCAUAGCUAACUCUACCGCUCAGCACAUUCGAGCCCCGAAAAGUACUACGAAGUCAUUCUUGAAAGAUUCCAACAAGUCGACGAAGCUCAAGGACAUGCAGCUCAAAGCAAUGGAAGAACGACAGGCGCUGGAGAAAAAGCAAUUAGAGGAGCGUUUAGCGUUUGAGCAGGAGAUGCUGAGGUCCAGUGAUAGUGAGUCCGAGACAAGUGCAAGUUUGCAAAAAAUCGAUGAAUGGUUGAAUGAAAUGGAUAUAGGUAGCAACUCUAGAAAUCCGAAGCCGAUGAAUGAGACUCCCCUUCCCAAAUAUGUAGACGUUCAGCACAAGUUCGGUGCUUCUGGACGUUCUGGCGACCUUACUUCAACACAACGUAAGUCGAGGAUAGCUUCGCAUCAACCUCCUCACCUCCACACCUAUGACGAAUCAUUAUCGAACAAUCAGUUAGCAGCAAGACACACGGUAAAAGAUCUGCCGAAAUUCGGAGGAGAUCCUGAAGAUUGGCCACGAUUCAUAGCAGCAUUCGAAAGAACGUCCAGGAUGUGCGCAUUUGGCAAUAACGAACUCCUGGAUCGCUUGGAGAAGUCUUUGUGCGACCGUGCUUUGAACGCAGUGAAAAGUCUUCUUCUACAUCCCGAUAACGUUCCAGUUAUCAUUGGGCGACUGAGAACGUUGUUUGGUAAUCCGGAAUCAAUCAUUGAAACAAUGAUUAAACGUGUGAGACUAUUACCGAAGCCGAGAGAUGACCGCAUGGAAACAAUUAUCGACUUCGGAAUAGCAGUUCAAAACUUAUGCGCCACCAUUCAAGCAUGUGAAUUAGAGGAACGGCUGUAUAACGCCCCACUGGUACAGGAAUUAGUGGAUGCACUACCACCAGGGUUGAAAAUGCAAUGGGCAUUGCAUCGUCUAGAAACGGGUGAUAAUUCCCUUCUUGAAGUUAGUGUUUGGAUUGGUAGAAUAGCAGAGGCAUGCAGUCUAGUUACAAGACCAGAGGCCUGGUCGAAACAGUCUGGCAAGCCAAAGAAAGAAGGAGCCUUUUUACACCUACACACCACACCGGCCGAGGAGGACAAGGAAGGAGCAUUUUUACACCUACACACCACACCGGCCGAGGAGGACAAGGAAGGAGCCUGUCUCGCAUGCUUCGGUACAUGUAGUGGACUUGAGAGCUGUACACAGUUUCAAAACAUGUCAGUACAGUCACGUUGGUCGUUAAUCCAUGAGAAGAACAUCUGCAGGAAGUGUCUUACCAAGCAUUUUAAAAACUGUGAACGCAAGGUGCCAUGUAGCAAAAACGGAUGUAAAUAUCUGCAUCACUGUAUGUUACACAACGAUAAAAAGCAUAAGCAGUCUGGUGGAGCACAACAAAAGGACGCCUUUUGCAACACUCACCAAAAUACAACGGGAAAUGUUCUUUUGAAAUACGUACGAGUUACCGUCCAUGGGAAUGGGAAAUCAAUUGACACCUACGCCUUCAUAGAUGGAGGAUCCACAUGUACGCUCAUGGAACACAGUCUGUGGAACGAGUUGAAGCUGGAAGGAGAACACUAUCCGCUCUGCAUAAAUUGGACUGCUGGUCAGGGUAGGUAUGAGUCGGACUCCAUCAAGUGCUCAGUAUACAUUUCGGGAAGCUCUGGAACAAGUAAGCGCUUCUGUCUAUCCAAGGUGCAUACAGUCCGCAGUUUAGAUUUACCACCCCAAACCUUGUGCACAUCCAAACUGGUAAAAAGCUUCAGUUAUUUAUCCGAUGUCUCGAUUGAACCGUACACCAAUGUACAACCUAGAAUCUUGUUAGGAAUGGAUAACAUCAGAUUAGAAUAUCCUCUGGACUGCAAAGAAGGUUCUGAAAGUCAACCAACUGCAGUACUAACACGUUUGGGCUGGGUGAUUUAUGGUCCUUGUUCUUUAACAAACGAUAUUUCAUUAUUGAGCGAUAGGAAAGCUUUCAACUAUCAUAUUUGCCAAUGUGAAGCGCUGAAUUUAGCUAUAAAAGACUACUUUUCCUUUGAUAGCUUGGGAAUUCAACCGACGAAAAACCAGCUCAUAUCUAAAGAUGAUUCACGAGCUCUUGACAUAAUUAGGUCAAAAACAGUCUUUAAAGAUGGCAGGUAUGAAACUGGACUUCUGUGGCGCUAUGACAACGUAUUCUUACCAAACAGCAAAAGAAUGGCACUAAAAAGGCAUCAAUGUCUGGUGAAACGCAUGCUUCGAGAACCUCAGAUGGCAAAGGAUUUGCGGCAGAAACUCACCGAUUAUGAAACUAAAGGCUAUAUACGCAAGCUUUCAGUAGAAGAAGAACGCAACUAUCCAGGUCGAGUAUGGUAUCUCCCUAUUUUUCCAGUUCUUAACCCAAACAAGCCUGGAAAGCUGCGUAUAGUUUGGGAUGCAGCAGCAAAAGUUGGAGACUUAUCGCUUAAUUCAUUUUUGCUCAAAGGACCGGACCAAAUCGUAUCCUUACCACACGUACUGCAACGUUUUCGUGAACACCGGGUCGCAGUCUCAGGUGAUAUACGGGAGAUGUUCCACCAAGUCCUCGUGAACCAGGAGGACCAACAUUGUCAACGAUUUUUGUGGAAUAGUGGACAGGUUGAAGAACCACCUGCGGCGUACGUGAUGCGAGUAAUGACCUUUGGUGCAACAUGCUCGCCGAGCUGUGCACAAUAUGUGAAAAACUUAAAUGCCGAACGUUUUUCUUCGCAACAUCCAGAAGCUGUAAAUGCUAUAAUUCGCGAUACGUAUGUAGACGACAUGCUGUUCAGUGUCGAGAGCGAAGAAGAGGCAGUAAAAAUUGCCAAGGAGGCUAGAAUAAUAAAUUCACAAGGUGGAUUCGAAAUUCGUGGGUGGCUGUCCAAUUCCGAGAAGGUGAUGAAGGCUAUGGGGGAAAGUAAGGAAUUCCAGAAAGACCUCAACGUGAGCAACGAGUUAAAUACGGAGAGGAUACUAGGAAUGUGGUGGAACACCUCUGAUGAUUGUUUUACCUUCAAAGUACCACGGCGUUGUGAAUAUGAAUUAUUACAUGGAACAGCAACCCCCACAAAGCGCGAAGUAUUGCGAACCCUUAUGCAGAUCUAUGACCCAAUUGGAUUGCUCUCAAACUUUCUAAUGUACUUGAAGGUACUUCUUCAGGAAAUAUGGCGCUCCGGCAUCGAUUGGGAUGAGCACAUAGAGGAGCAACAUUUAACUAAAUGGCGGCACUGGCUCAGUGUUUUGCGAAGAGUGGAAACCAUAUCUAUUCCCCGUUGUUAUCGAAGAGCCGUGACAGAUCGUGAAUCCUGCGAAGUUCAAUUGCACGUUUUUGUAGAUGCGAGCGAGAACGGCUAUGCAGCCGUUGCAUACUUCCGGUAUCAGGAGAAAGAAAACAUCGAGUGCGCCCUUAUAACGUCAAAAACUCGUGUUGCCCCAUUGCGAUACGUCUCGAUACCCCGUCUAGAGCUCCAAGCAGCUGUAAUCGGAGUGAGACUGGCUAAAGAUAUUGGAGAGUGUCACAGAAUACGUAUAAACCAGAGAUUUUUCUGGUCAGAUUCGAGAGAUGUACUUUGUUGGCUACGUUCAGAUCAUCGGAGGUACACAAAAUUUGUAGGAGCUAGAGUCGGCGAGAUUUUAGAAGACACAAAUCUAUCUGAAUGGAACUGGGUGCCCACGCAACACAAUGUUGCAGAUGAAGGCACAAAAUGGCAAAAACUUCCCGACUUUUCGUCUCGUAGUCGAUGGUUCAACGGACCUCAAUUUAUUUGGCAACAAAAAGAGAUGUGGCCAACCCAAAACUUCGACCUAGGAACGACAGAGAACGAGAUGCAGCGAUCAGUAAACUUGCACAGCAUAAGAGAACCACUUAUUGAUUUUAGUAGAUUUACUAAGUGGUUGAAACUUAAACGUACUGCGGCAUACGUUGUAAGAUUUUGUCGAUACUUCCAAUACAAAUUCUUAAAACAACAACCAACUACAGGAGCUCUAAAACAAGACGAGCUUCGUACGGCGGAGAACUUCAUAUACCGAGAAGUGCAGCAACAUGUGUACCGCAAUGAAGUCUGGACGCUUUCUAAAGUUAAUUCGACAAGUGGUAAGUUACAGAAAACGAGCCCUCUCUACAAACUUUCACCAUUUUUGGACGAAGUUGGAGUCCUGCGCAUGCGUGGCAGAAUAGAAGCGUGUGAAUUCAUCGAACCAUCCACUGCAAAUCCCAUAAUUCUACCGAAAGAGCAUCCCGUAACAAAAUUAAUCGUACAAUCCACUCAUGAAGUUUUCCAUCAUUGUAAUUUUGAAACAGUUGUAAACGAGUUACGGCAAAAGUAUCAGAUAUCGCAACUUAGGAGAGUUUGCGAUAAAAUUCGUCGAGACUGUCAGAUGUGUAAAAAUGCUAGGGCUCGUCCGCAUCCUCCUGCUAUGGCAUCACUACCUUCAAGUAGGCUUGCAGCAUUCGCACGGCCGUUCACAUACGCCGGUGUAGAUUAUUUUGGUCCCAUGAGCGUCGUCGUUGGCAGGCGUGUUGAAAAAAGAUGGGGCGUACUUAUAACGUGCUUAGUCAUCCGCGCUGUUCACAUUGAAAUCGCACACUCUCUCAACACCAGCUCUUGUAUUCUCGCCUUACGAAAUUUUAUGGCUAGACGAGGAACACCACUGGAAUUAUUCAGCGAUCGUGGAACGAACUUCGUAGGCUCCAAUCGUGAAAUCACGGAAGCCGUACGCUGCUUGGACGAGAAUAAGAUGAUGGAAGAGUUCACAACAGCUAACACCAAAUGGACCUUUUUACCACCGAGUAGUCCUCACAUGGGAGGAAGUUGGGAAAGGUUAGUUCAAUCUGUCAAGAAGGUUUUAAGAAAUAUGAAAAUCCCUAGGAACCCUACUGACGAAGUGCUCCACAAUACUCUUUUGGAAAUUGAGUUUAUAAUCAACUCGCGCCCCCUCACGUAUGUACCAAUUGACAAUGCAGACAGUGAAGCCAUAACCCCGAAUCACUUUCUACUUGGAUCCUCGAGCGGAUCUAAACCGUUAGUUCCUUUCGAAGACAACCCUAAUAUCUUGAGAAAUACUUGGAAAACGUCACAAACAUACGCAAACCAAUUUUGGAAAAGGUGGGUACAAGAAUACCUGCCUUCAAUCAACCGUCGAACGAAGUGGCACUACCCGGUGAAACCAAUCGAAGUUGAUGAUGUUGUGGUUAUUGUGGACCCCGACCUCCCACGGAACAUGUGGCCCAAGGGACGUGUUGUUAAGGUCAACAAUCGUGAUGGACAAGUUCGAAGCGCCUUGGUGAAGACCGCAUCAAACAUCUACGAGCGACCAGCAGUGAAGUUGGCAGUUCUGGACGUCGGCGUAUCUGAUCGUAAGCAUGAUUCUACAUCAUGCGUACCGGGGGGGAGUGUUACGCAAUGCGCGACCACGCCUCCUAUUCCAAUCAGCCCCCACUAG